CAUACCUAAAAAGAUAUUCCAUGUUGAAACUCGACCAUAACCUCACACCCGCGUCCUUUACCCUCGGAACAAGCGGCUAACUGAAGCCGGCGCCGCACCGGUCUGGCCGAGCUGGCAGACUGAGCGGAGCUGCGAAGUGAGAGAGGAGCAAGCCUUUGGCGGUGUCGUUGGGGGGAUUGCCCGGGCGGGGCUUUAGGUGUUAUUACAAUCAAAAUGAGUAGUGUUCGGGCCCGCAAAUUAUUAGCAGCAGGUCUUGUCGCUGCCGGAGCCCAGACAACACAAAAUAGAUCGAAUGAUGACGCUCCCGCGGAGUCGCCUCUACCCUUCAAUGCACCAUCCCCAGAUCCAGCGUUCAGGGCUUUAUUCACCAACAACAAAAGGAAAACUACAAAUGAGCAAGAUCUUACAAGGAAUGUUCGGAGAAGGCUUGACUUGGGAUCUGGGCCAGGGAAUAAAUGUGUUGCAAGUAAAGCUGCUGCUAAACCAGUUGAAGAUACUCCGAGCAGUACUGUAGCUGGGCCAUUGCGAGAGCAGAAUCAUGGGCCGACAACAGCAAAAGCAGACAGCAGAGUUUCCAGCAGCAUUGCAGGAAAGAAUAAUUUACCUGGGAUCGAAAAUGUCUCAGUUUCAACUGUUCAAAGUAGAUUUCACAAGAAGUAUGAUUCUCCUACCAAUAAGUCAUCAUCAGCAACCACUUCCAGAAACACUGGUAAUAUAUAUUUUUUAU